ACCUCUGAAAUUGAUGAAGUCGUAAACCCUAAUUCAUUACAUUCCCGUUUUUUAACUACCUGAUGAUAACAAUCUGAGUGAAAAUGGAGGAACUGCAGAAAGCAUAUCGAAGUGCGAUGUCACAGGCGCAGGAAUCAACAGCAAAACUCAGCUCUUAUGCUGCUUCUUUAGAGAAAGCUAAAUCCAUCGAUUCUGCUUCUUCCUCAUCCGGACUUGGAUCCUCUUCUGCUUUAUCUACUGAUCAGUCUCGCAUGCUACUGGCCCGAUCGCCGAGACAAUUUGUGUCACUAUGGACUUGCUCAAAGCUUUGUGCAAUUUGCUUUGUUGCUGGAAUAUUUGUUGGUUACACCCUGAAGCGACGUGUCCGUCGCUGGGCAUCAAAACUUCUGCGGAGGUUGAAGGAUGAUUGAAAAGUUAGACUCUGGAUUUUGAAUAUUACAUGAGGUUAUUCAAAUCAUAUGUCUGUCAAUGACCUGGAACAAUUUGAGAGCAUGAAAGCAGGAGCUCAAUAAGAUCAGGAUAUAAUCAAGACACAUGGGCAUGUUAUCUUAUUGGUGAAUCGGGUCAGAAAUCCUUUUACCUACUGUUGAACACGGAUG